GGAAACUUGUUGCUAUGACAGCCAUAAGUUGUUUUUAUUUCGUUGUUUUAUUUACCUCUUGGAUACCGCUGGAAGCGGUAAUGUUAUUAUCUAAUAUUUAUUUAUAGUUACGAAGUCCAGAGUACUAUAAUUUUCGUUGCCAACUUGUAAUAAGUUGACAAAGGAUUUGAUGGAUAAGUUGUGAGGUACCACAUGAACUAGUCUGUAAUUAAACAUAAAUAGCACCAUCAUCAAGAUGUGGUCCAGUAAAAGUCUUAACGCUCUGCAAGAAUUGCAUGUGUUAUCAGACUCGGAUAGUCCGUCCGUAACUACGGAAGACUAUGAAAUGUUCAUUGAUUUGUACAAUGAUCCAAGAGUGAAGUGGUUCAGGGACCGUAUCCUUGCCUUCAUUGGCAUGGAUGAUGAAGAACUCUUCUACAACAUGUUGGAUUACGAAGAUGCUAAGCAGAAGUUCAUAAAUUUCUUAAUGACCACUAUCAAGUCUGGUGAAAUGUCUCUGAAUAAGAGGAUGAUGUAUGUAUCCAAAGUGAUUGUCGACAAGUUGAUUCAUGAAGAUAAAGAAUUUACUGAGUGGAGAAUCAUACCACCAGUGAUUGUGGAGGCCCCACCCCAAAAAGGUAAGAAGGGUAAGGGGAAAGGUAAAGAAGCGAAGAAGCCGGAAGGUGAGGAUGCUAAAUUGGCAAAAGGCAAAGGCCAAAAGGGUGUUAAGACCACAAAAAGCAAAAUAGAUGAAAUUCUUCCUUCAACUGGUGAAGCGGACGUGGAAACAGCAGCAGGUGCCAUGAUAGGUGCUGGUGAUGAUGACGAGAAGAUGAUGAAAGAAGACGAUGGAACUUCUGUAACCACUGAGGACAAAUACUAUUUUCCGCCACCGCCAGAAAAUCUUGAUCCUGAAGUCGAUGGAGUUCUGGAGUUCUAUACCGUUGUUAGAUCAGUACCCCGUGUAAUCCAAUAUCCUCAACUGAUCCCAAUCUUCGGCGAGCUAACUCCUCAACUAGCGCACCGCAACCGUCGCUACCUCUACUUCUUACGGCAGAUACAGGAGCCCAUACCUCUCAGUGAAACUGAGAAGUUCACCACGUUGAAGAUGCCUGAUUACUUCUUAACUGGAGUCUUCACUGGGAAGGUCCUUAUGAGUCUUGGAGUGCAUUUGAAAGAGGCUACGAUCCCGUUGUUCGAGAGACAGUUCCGUGAGAUUACGUUGAUGUCGACAGACUCUAGCCACGCCAUGCUGACCAGGCAGGCUUCUUUUGCUGGAGCUCAUCAUGAGAUCUUAGAUGCUGGGUCCCAGGUGAACUAUCUUCGGCCUUCAGAUUACAGAAGAAUGUCUAACAUAGCUAGAGGAGAAAAUGCUGAAAGAAGAAUGAAGAACAUGCAUGCGUCGUCUGAUGAAGCUUUUGACCGUUCCAUGGAGAAGUCUAUGACGCAUCCGGCAUCGUCACCUAGCACCGCAAUAUCCAGCGCGUCAUUGGCUGAGGUAGGCACUGCUGGUACAGAUGAAAAGACUUCAGCUGAUGAAGUCAUCACAGACAUCAAGGAUUUAGUCGCUAUAGUUGACUGGACUAUAGAACACAUUGAAGGCGAGAUCCAGCUUCCGAUGCCGAACAUACCGAUGUUGUACGAGGACCACACGGUGGAGGUCGUUGACCCCGAGCUGGUGUCGCAGCUGGAGGAGGCGGUCAUGAUGUGGCAACAACAUAUUGAUAGUACCAUCGCUGUAUGUUUGGGGAAGACUCGAGAAGGCGACGGACCAGUAGCAGAGUACAAGUACUGGCGCGAGCGAGACGCUGAAAUAUCUCUACUAGUUGAACAACUAAAGCAGCCUAUGGUGGUCAAGAUAUUGAAUCUGCUUGAACGAGCCAAGUCUACCUAUCUGGAAGGCUUUAAAAACUACAAAGAAAGAUUGGUUGACCAGUACAAUAUGGCGAGCGACAAUUUGAAGUUCCUGUCCACUUUGAUGCGAUUCUUCACUGUAAUAGAAGACGAGUCCACACUGCCACAAGUGAUAGAGAUUCUCCCGGAACUAGUGGAGAGUAUCUACAUGAUGUGGGUGCUCUCCAAGGGGUACAGAACUGAUGACACCAUGGUGCCUCUACUGGCCAGGAUCUCAUGGGCGCUCAGUGAUAAACUGGAGAAUAUACUUAAUGUGCAUAAGUUGUUUGACAAACCAAACGAGGAAGUAUUAUCUCUAGCCAGGAACUCUCAGAAAAUAAUGGAGAUGUGGCACGACUUGUACCGUGAGACGCGCCGUAACAUAGAGAUGAGUGGCAAGGGCGCGCGCUGGGAGUUUGACCAGCCGCUACUGUUCACACAGACCGACUACAUCGGGACUGUCGCUAGGGAUCUCGGGGAUGUCGUACAGGUCUUAAUAGACUUCGAGCGCAUAUUCGGUUUGGAACUCAAAUCCAUUAUCAGCGACCCAACACAAAUAGAUGACGUGCGCAAACGCGUGAAGAACUUAGUCUUUCCGAUACGAACGAUCGACUUUAGCGUGUUCGUGUUCGAUAAUAAGGAAAAUUGGGACGUUAUCAUGGGUGACUUCUGGAAUGAAGUCAGAUAUUUAGAAGAUGAAGCUAAAAACUAUAUCAAUCAGAGCUUUGGGAAUUUGAGAUCUUCAGAAGAAGCUCUCUCAGUAUUGCUAAAGUUCUUAGAGUUUGACACUCGGGAGGCGAUUCGUCAGCAACUAUCCACCAAGUUUGACCUCGUCAUGAGGCAGUUCAUCAAGGAGAUCACUGCUAUUGAAGAUAAGUUUACUCGUUUUCGUAAAAACCCGCCUCUACUUCGCAACCAUCCGCCGGUCGCUGGCGCCAUCUAUUGGGCGAGGGCUCUCUUCAACAAGAUGAAACAACCGAUCAUGAAGUUCCAAAAGGUGCCUGAACUAAACGACUGUGAGCAAAAGAAGGAAGCUUUCAUGCAAUACAAGGCAUUCUCCAAAGUCAUCAAGGAGUAUGAAGAACAGAAGUACAGGGAAUGGGUGGGACCGGCUGCAGACUUCGUGGAUAACAUGAUGAAGAAGAAUGUCCUUAAGGUCGAGUUUAAGAAGGAAGCAGUGGUAGCCGCUACUACCACGGGUCGUGGCAUGGAACUGACGGCCGCGGGGAAAGCACACGUGGAACGCAAGAAGAAGGCGGCUGGGUCUACUGUGUCGCUACAACCAGUUGAUAUUGUUAAUAAGGAGUUAGCUGACAAACGACGAAGGGAUAAGGCUUUAAUGCUAAUGAGGAUACCCGGCCAACAUUAUGAGAAUGUUAGAUCACCCAGCUCCACGUCUCUACUGGCUAAAGAAGGAUUGACGGAUGUAACCUGGCGCGACUUGACGGUACACAAACUGAUGCAGGAGUACCAACUUACCUUCCAACCAAACUUCAAUAAACAUAUAUUCCUGAUUAUUCAUGAGGCUGAACUCUUGGAACAACUUGGCUACGACCUCCCCUCAACUAUCCGUGACGUGGCAAUGCAGAAAGCCAGACUAUACUAUGAGUUAGAAGCACUCGAGAGUGUCAUAGCCAAGUACAAUAAGAACACAUCAGCUUUAAGCCGGUCUGAGACACAUCUCAUGAAGAAACACUUCUUGGAUAUGGAGCGACAUAUACUGCCUGGUUUGACUAGAGUUACAUGGACUGCACUCGGUAUUGGGGACUAUAUCAAGGAUAUUACUAAAGGUGAAAAUUCCCUACAAGCUGUAUACAAGCAACUGAAGAUGGUGGAAAAGGAGGUCCAGUUCUUAAUAGACCAACUAGAAGCCUUUGACCUGUUCCCACUGUUGAAGCCGCAGAACUACCUGGACCCUAAGACUGGCGAACCUGACUCCACGUGGCUUUAUCCUUGUAAGGCGUACUUCGUGGAAGUUGAAAACGAGCGCCUAGAGCGCAUAGCAGCUCUCUCCCGUAUCUACGACCGCAUCGGUCCUAUACUGAUGAAGCUGGAGUAUCUGAUACUUGGCACCAGCACCGGCACCUCGCCUGUUAUGACUGCCUACUAUACGCACUGGGAGAGGAAGAUCUUUUUGUGUCUUGUCAGAUUAACACUAGAGAACUUGGAGGACUUCCAGCAAAUGUUGAGUGAGAAGGUUCCGAUGUUCCAAGUGGACGCCAUACUAGUGCCUCCUGACAUUGCCAUGCGGCCGACACAGACCGAGGUCUGCAAUAUACUGGGAUACGAUGUCAAACAUUUUCUUAACAGGUUAACAACAUUCCCUCGGUGGAUGAAGAAGACCUGCCUCCCGUGUCCUCCACAGCGCAUAGAGGAGGCGACAGGCAAUGAGUUCUACACAUUCUCCUUCUUUGAAGAUAUACUCCGGGUGGCGGCCAUCAAUGACAUUACGCUACUCAUACAGGACACCAUCUUCAGACUGACUUCCGAUAUUUAUACUUAUAUUGUCAAGUGGCACAAGUAUGCCCACCUCUGGUCCUACGACAAGCACUUAUCAUGCGAGAAGUACGUACAGAAAUUCGACCAAAUUUUCAAAUAUGAUGAGAAAUUCUUCUUUUUCGAAGACAUUAUUAAUGACUUAGAUGAGCAUGUCAAGUUUGUGGACAUUGGAGCCAUUAGGGUCAACUUACGGCCUGUGAUACAACAGGUACAGGACCAUGCGCAGGAGUGGAAGAAUAUACUUGGGGAUUGUAUUGCGUUGAAGACUAGGACCAGUAUGUAUGAAUUGAAGAAUCAAAUUGAGAGUCUCCGCAUGACAGUCAACAUGAACAUCAAAGGUCUGGAAGACUUCAAGCUGGUGAUGGCAACCAUCACACUGGUGCAGCAGAUGACCAUCACGGCAGAAUGCAAGUACAAGAACAUGCAGGAGAUAUUCCACAUGCUCAGACAACAUAAUAUUGAUGUAUCCGAAGAAGAUCUACUAUUCGCUAAAAAUUUAGAAUCAUCCUGGGGCAGUCUGUACCAAACUACACUAUUCCGUGCAGCUACUCUAGAGAAGACUAAAGAAAAGUUCUCGAAGAUGAAUGUUAUAGAGAUAGCGAACUUCUUGAGAGAGCUCGACGAGUUCGUGGAGAAAUUCGAUGCUGAGGGUCCUGGGACCGUUGGAGAUGAUAUGGACAGGGGCUUGUUGCUCAUUGAGGAAUACAGCAAAUACUUCGAUGACUUUGAGAAUCGUAAAAAGUUGUUACAAGCGGCUGAACAACUCUUCGACAAUCCUUUAGCGGACUUCUCGAACUUCAACCGAGCGAGGACUGACUUCGGUUAUAUGGAGCAAAUAUACAAGAUAUACAAGGCACAGAAAUACGCAAGGGAAUUAUGGGCAAAAACUCUAUGGACCAAUUUGAACCCACAGGCCCUUGUUGAUGGUAUUGAGCAGUUCUUCAAGGAAUUCAGAAAACUGCCGAAAAUCAUUCGUCAAACUCCAAGCGGUCAGAUGCUGGACUUGAAGAUGAGGCAGUUCAAGGGUGUGGUGCCAUUGAUGGUGUCCCUCAAGAACGAAGCCAUGCGCGAGAGACAUUGGAAGGAACUCAUGAAGAAGACUGGUCAGUGGGCUAUACUUUAG